GGGAGAACAGCUGGAGCAUUUAAGAGGCUGGUGGAUGUCUGCUUCUUUCCUGGCCAACAUGUGGAUGCGAGGAAAAUCUAACUGUAGCGUUUCCACCAUCUAAUUAGCCCUAACAGCUAUCACGAGGAAACCCUCAGGAGUAUAAACACAUCACUGAUGGUUGGAAGCACUUUUCGUUUAACCUGAAGAAGAUAUGAGUUUAAAGAAUGGACUGAAAAGGUUGUGUGCAAACCAAAACAAGAUGUUGCACCAGUGGAUGCGUGCAAAGACAUGGAUUGGGCAUGUUGUGAUGUCAUCUCAAUGUGAGGAAGCAGAGGAUGGAACACUCCAACUUUUCAGUGACUGUGGAGUGCCAGGUCUCCUCUCCCACCUGCAACUACAUAAUGGAGGAACUUUUAGGGUCUGGGUCAUUCGGCGAGGUGGUCCAGUGCAGGAAAAUGUCAUCAGGCGAGACUGUGGCUUUGAAGGUGAUCAAGGACAGUAGCAAGAUCGAAGAUACACAGGAUGAGGAGCGCGUUUUGAUCGAGUUGAAAGAACAAGGCUCGGACCGCUUCAAUAUUGUCUGCUGGAAUGACUCGUUCACCUUCCAGGGGCAAUUUUGCCUGGAGUUUGAGAAGCUCGACAUGAGUCUUCAUCAACUUCUUGAGUGCCGUCUACCAUUGUCACUAAUGGAGAUCCGGCCUGUUCUGCAGCAGUUGGGGACUGCGCUGCAUUUCCUUAAAAGUGUGGGGAUCGUCCACUGCGAUCUCAAGCCAGAAAACAUCAUGGUGGUGGACCACCUGCAAUUGCCACUGAAGGUGAAAGUCAUCGAUUUUGGCUUGGCCCUGCAUGCCUCUGAGCUGUCCCGGGGUAUGACCGUACAGAGCAUGUGGUACCGAUGUCCCGAGGUGCUACUGGGCCACGAGUGCACGGAGGCAAUAGAUGUGUGGUCACUGGGCUGCAUCACCGUGGAGCUUUUGCUCGGCCGCCCGCUGUUUGAUGGCUGUGAUGAGUAUAGCAUGCUGUCGCAGAUCAGCACCACACUUGGAAAGCUGCCAGGCAGCAUGCUCGAUGCUGGUAUAUUCACGUCGUGCUUCUUUCGUAAGAAAGGCAAGAAAUGGAGGUUGAAGAACCGAGCCGAAAUGAUCACGACUUGCGAUGGUACUCAGCCUUUAAACAAGCUUUCAGAUCUGCUUGAGGUUCAUUUUGUUCGCCCCAUCAAAUGUAGCGAUGAGGACUGGUGUGCCAUGCAGUGCGACCUGGAGAUCUUUGUGAACUUAGUUGCUGCAAUGCUCCAGUUGGAACAGAGUAAAAGGUUGAGGCCUUGCCAAAUUCUGGAGCAUCCAUUUGUUACCAUGAGUCAUUUAGAUGGCAAAUUUCCAAACAGUGUUUAUGUCCAACUCUGGCGCAACUGCAUGGAGCUGGGUCAAAACAGAGAGACCUCUUCGAGGCCAAUUUGGAACAAGUCGAGUUACGAAUUUGGAGAUCAAUCUGCUAGGCCCAGGAAGUCUGUCAUCAUGAUUCAACAGUGUAAAUUCAAGUGUCAAGAAAAAAAGACACGAUGAAGUCGAUAGCAUGUUGGCAGAAAAUCUCAUCUUUAAUACUUAAGGCAAAAAUAUGAGGCUAAGGGUCUGCCAAUAGCAGAUGCAGGAAUCGUCGAUACGUCCUCAAUUGACAGCUUCAGGAAAGUCCGUCUGACACACUUGCCAGUGGCAUAGAGCAACAAGAUCAAGUAAGCAUUUUGUCUCAUUUAGAACUCCUCUACUUGGAAUUUGGUGACACCACAAUCCAGUGCAAGAUAAAUAAUACAAUGAGGCACACAAGGUAAAAGCCUUCGAGGGAAACCUGAAAUGUAUGCUAUUAUAUUUAUGGUGGUUUAACUGCUGUUCCUCCCUCACAUCAUUAUUUCCUACGCGUGUCCUCCAUUAAAGGUGCUAUGAAAUACAACAGCAAGUGCCUUUAAAGCAGUAAUGUGAAGUAAUUUCUUCACAUGCCAAAUAGGGUCACAAGUAAAGUAAUUAAACAUUGUCCAACAAAUAAAGCAUGAAAAAAUAAUUUAUAUGUUGUAUAUUUGACAAAAUAAUCGCGUUUCCGAAGUUCGAGCCUGAAAGGGAAUGAACCCGGAAGUGAUACGUCACACCGGGAACGCGAUGGCACCUCCAUACAUACGGCCGCCACACAAAGCCCUUCAAACAAUGAUUCAAACAGCGAUAUAAGCGAUAGAUCAAUUUUAUGUUUUUGUCUAUCUGAUGACAUUGUUAAAAAAAAAAAAAAAUCAGACUUCAUGUUCAUUUUGGCAGAUCCGGCAGCUCUCGUGCAUAUAAAAUAAUAAUAUAAAAACGUUGGGGGGAAAGAAGGAGAUGAGUCAUUGUUAUAUCUUGACCGAGUGACCCACACGACACCUUUAUUGGCUUUUACAACUUUAAUCAACGUCUUGUCAAGUGACUCUGAACAACUUUUCUCUAUUUUAGUGAAGGAGUAAGGCACAAACAAUAACACAUCUAAACGACAUGCGUACACUCUACUGGUGAACUCCCGUAUUACAACUAAAUAAAAUCCACUAUAUCACAGUCGCCAGGGGCGGACUGGUAAUCUGUGGGUUCUGGAGGAUCACAGAACGGCCGGUGCCCUGGACGGCCGGCGGCCGCCAUUCAUUAUACAUCACUGUUUUUAUCCCCCCUAGCCUCUCAUUAUCUACAUCUCGCAUCCAAUCCGACAGGUGGCAGCAAUGCGCCUGUCUGUUCAUCGCCAGUCUGAUAGAAGAACGAAGAAAACACAAAGUACCCUUCAUUAGUUCUUUGUAGAAGCAAACUAGCGACGAGCGGUAAUGCACAAUAUGGAUGGUGGUGGCAAAAGUAAGAAAAAAAGGGUGGCUCGGAGAACUUAGGUUAGGGAGAAAAAAAACAAAGAAACAGGAGAGCAAAGCAUUAAAAUGUCUUAAGUUGACAAAUAUUUUCGCAGGCAGCAGUCUGGCUGCAACGGCCACGUCGGGUAACAGCAGCCUAGCCCCCGGCAAUGGUGAGAGGGGUAGCGGGCGCCGCUCUGACGUGCAGCCAGUGCAGGGAGAGAGAAAAGAGGGAGAGUUGAAAUGAUAAGCUGGUGGAAGUUUUCCAGACAAGCGCAGGGCAAGUAAAAAGGGAUGAAGAGGGUCACUUGCUCGGUAUACCGGCAAUUGUUAUCCACCAGGUAGCUACAUUUUAAAUGACAAUUAAAGGGUUAGUGGCUUAGUGCCAGCUAGUCCAUUUGCAAUCGUGUCAAGUUACAGUAUGCUAGUCCUACUAUCACUCUCCUAAGGAAAAAUAUUUUAGCUGUAAAACAACGUAUGCACACGCAGCAGCAAUAUUAAUUCAUAUGAAAUAUAACAAAAUAUUAAUAAAAUGGUUUUACUUUAAAGUUUAGUAAGUUAAAUUGGUAUGAUAUAUUUUUUUUAAUCAUGUAUAUAUCGUUUUGUUUUCUGGUUAAAACUUUCCAAUGAAGGUUAUGUAUUCAGGAUUUGUCUUGAAAUGUUUAUUGUAUUUUCAUUGAAAUGUAUUAUUUGUAUGGCAAGAUUAAUUGUGGCAGGGGUCUCCAAACCGGUCCUCAAGGGCCGCUGUGGGGCCUGGUUUUUGUUUCAACCGAUCGAGUACCGACAGUUUAACCAAUGAAGUUUCUGCUAAAACAAGCAGCACCUGACUGCACUUGUAAAACACCAGAUUGGUGCAUAGGUGUUGUCUUGUUUUGUUGGAAUGAAAUCCUGCGCCCGCUGCGGCGCUAUGUGGAGUAGUUUGGAGACCACUGAAUUAUGGCAUGAACAAUGAAAUCAUUUUAUAGACAGAGAUAUAUUAUAAUAAAUUAGAUACAUAAAACUUGCUUUGAAAAAUAAAUUCUUUCAUUUGUUUUUUCAGGUUGAUCAUAGAGCUAGUACAGAAAAUGAACCCAACUCCAGUUCAGCCUUGCAGUACUUUGAGCGCCCCAAGUCAGACAGUCACAGUCUAGACACAUUUUCUUCAUUUUCUCUCAAAGUGCACGAAAUUGAUGCAUUUGGGCAUGCCCCCGGACCCCUAGGGGGUCUGUGUUUCCCUUCGUAUAGCGAUUCUUGUGGGCUGGGCCGAGCCAAAGUCCAGGGCUGCUUUUUAGUCCCAGUCCGCCCCUGACAGUCGCCGAUUGCUUUCUCCACUUUACUGUGGCAACAAUAAGAAAACAAAAUGGCGUCUAAUGGCGUGAGGAAAUGUAGUUUUUUCACACAAGCGACCAGAUUACAAAGCACCACUUCAGUGUUGUCCCGAGACUACAUUUCCCAUGAUUCACUGCGUGGCCUGGGUGCUCGCUGAUUCGCUGCCAGACAUUAAAAUUUGUCACCUGUCAGCGGCUCUCGCGAAGCGGCGAAGCACAAACUAGAAGGCUUCAAAGCGAUCACCGUGAAAGAAACGGAGAACCGUACAAAUGCAAUGCAGUGCUUGAAGCAUGAAGGUGGAAAUACACAAUACAAAUACAGAUAAAUUAAAAAUAAACAAACUCACCGGCGGUGUGUGUCUCUUACUGCAACGUGACCGUGAAUUACGCGACGCCGACCCGCUUAUGUGCACAUCCUCACCCCUUUCCCGAUUGACAGUGGAUUAACCCUUUCGGGCAAGAUCGUAGAUGACGCACAAUUUAAACACGCUUAACAUAGCGGACGCAACAACAACUAUGAUCGGGGAUAGCCUCGGCUAACGUCGCUAGCUUAUACUGUUCAUUCCACAACAGUUGGCAGCUCUGCUUUGACAAAGUCAUCAGUCAUCUAUCCAAAAAUCACACACAAAUUACUUUUUGGCAAAUCCUUGAUCAUAAGCAGACCGGUUAAGGAAGCAGGCAUCUUCGAAGUGUUUGCAGCAGAGAACACUACUCGAUGAUGGCAUGAAAUUCAUUCGCUUCGUGCGAACGAAAGAUGUCCAUUUACGUGCCCUGCUAUCCCUUGGCCACUCAUACAACUUUUUGUUUGAGUGAGAACAAAACAUCACCACACACCGCCAUGGCAUCUUACCGAGAAGCAAUGCAACAAACAAUACUGUUCUAUGGCAGACUUCCCUCGCACUUCCCGGUGUGACAUAAUUUCCGAAGAUUGCCGGAGAAAAGCAUUUUCGUUGUCAAGGGUGUUGCUAUGGGUUAAACAAAGAAUCUGGAACGGUUGCGUUAAAAAAAAAAAAUGAAACUAUGCUUAUAAUUGUUUAGCCAUUGAUAUUAUUCAAAAACAUGGUUGGCCAACCUUAGUUCACAUUUGGCCUUUAAAGUGAUAGCGGACCAUAUUUUGGACACAAAUAUAUUUUUAAAGAAUGAGUGACAGAAAAAGGCUUAAAGUAGAAGUUCAGAAUUUUUUCCAUUAAGCUUAAUCUUCGAGUAAGCGGGGGUUUCAAUUAGUCGGUGGAGUUACUGGUGGAUUACUAAUGUUGCUGUUCAUACUACAGUUAUUGAUAUGCAAUGGUAAAUUCUGGUAACUUCAUCCUGAAAACAAGCCAACACUACUAAUUGCAUGGAUCAUUGGUGAUUUUCAUGCAUGCAUGCAUAUGUUUUUUUUAUAUUGGCAUGCUAGGAGAGGCUCAUUGACUGGUGCUAGCUUAGCCACUCCGGAGCCCUGAAACUUGUAAAUAGCUAACUGCACAGAAUUUGUUGAAAUUAACUCCACCAACUAAUUAAACCCCUGCUAACUCUUAAGCCUGAUGUCAAAAAUUCUGAACUUCUGCUUUAAUUGUGAAAUUAGAUCCUAAUUAGUCAUUUUCAGAUGCCUUUGCCCUGCCCACUAAUUUUUGAAAGAAUUUUCAGUUUGCUAGCAUGCUAUCUCCAGAGGCUUUCUAUUCUCUUGUUGGUAUGUCACCGUUAUGGCAUUAGGACAACUUGUACUAGCGAGCAAGCACUAUAAAGAAAGACAUGAUCAUCAAUGCUGAUUGGGAAUUGCUGAAAAAAGGGGGCUUUCCCUGAUGUAUGUUUUGGGUGAAAUGACUAUGAGAAUGUAAAAAAAAAACAGCCUGAGUGGAAUGCCAAAAUCUUGAACAGCCUGAUUUGAGUGUCAAAUUAAUGUCCCACACGUAAAAUUAAAUUUUCAAUUUGUGAAAUGGUUGCCAUUUCAUAGCACCUUUAAGGUUGCAUAUUUUUCUUUAACACCAAUUAAAAAAUAUAUAUAUACACAUAUUUUUUAAGUUUGUUUUGUAAAUUGAAUGUUAAU